AAAAGGAAAGGAAUUGUCUUGGUGGUUCUCUGACGAUAUGGCAGGAGUAAGCGGAGGAUACGCGCUGAUCGCUUUGUGUCUAAUUGUGAAGACGUGCUCUUGUCUGGCUAUUCCCCCAACAAUCUCUGUCAAUACUUCGGGUGAAGAUGUUACACUCUUCAUCUCCCAUCCCCUCGAAUCGCACGUCAUUCAGCUGUACUGUUACAUGGUAACCAAGCUGACGUCUGGCAGCAACGCUGUGAGCGAAACCUGUGAAGAUAGUAAUACGAUGGUGAUUCGGCGACCCACCAUUGGUGAAGUCUUUCAGCUAAGUGCAUACGUCAUCACCGACACUGGUCUGCGCAGCAAGGAGUCUCGCAGUGUUGUGGUUCUUCCCUCUGCUUUUGGCUCAAGCCCUGAGAUGACCACUGUUUGUCCAGUAUUGUCCACCGUGUUCCUGGCUGUGGUCGGAGCGCUGUUGUUACUCGUCAUCAUGUUCACAACACUUACCAUGAUUCUCUGCAGAAGGUUGCGACAUGGAAGGGAAAGAAAGUCGGUAAAGACUCUCGCCUUCACUGAGUUCCCUGAGCAGCAGGGCAAGGGUUUGGAGGGAGACGUUCACUAUCAGCAGCCGCCUGGACAAGACAAGGUACAGGAGGAUGAUCUCUACCUGAACCAUGACAUUGAAGACAGCAACUACGCGGGUGAUGAUGGUCUGUCGUAUGUCGAUGUAGCGGCUCCUGACGUCGAAGAAUACGUUCCCAACGUAAGCGCCGAGCCGUUAGCAAGCUGUGAGACAUUCCUCACAGAUCGCCAGAGCACUGCAUCUCCAGCUGGGUAUGCCGCUCCCAGAGCACAAGCCAGGGCUGUUUCCUCCUUUGGAAAGAGCACAGAGGACGUCGCUGGCCCGGACUUGCAGGCUACAACCACUUCCAGUGGCCAACCUCUCCAGCACCCCUGCGUUACGAAGAGCGUUACGUCCCAGAAGAGCACCACGAACGUAAAAGAACCCAUGUACGUCAAUCACUGAAACUAAUGAGCACCGUGAGCCCAUUGAAAUGCAUCUCGCCACACAUCACCCAACUACACGUGCUCACCGAUUGCCAACACAUCUUGUCCCCAUCGAAUAGCAGAGCAUGCUUGUUUGUUACUGUACUUGCAAUGUGAGCAUUGUUGUAUGUCUGCGUCGCCAUUUCCAACAUAUGAAUACACUCCAUCAUUCACCCCAGUGUCUGGAGAUAUGUGGAUUUUGUAGAAAGAAAAAAAUCGGUCACCGUCACGCUUUGUCCCUGGCAUUCAUGGCGGCAAAGGCAAACAAUAAUGGUCAACACAUGAAUACAAUUCUCCCUUCAGCUAGUCCGUUAAUGUCGAAUGCACAUGUAGGCUACCAUGAAAAUCUCGUUUUCUUCAAUCUCUACCUUUUGGUUUCCAGUGAUCUCAUUUGCGUUCCUCCCGUUUUGUUGCCGUUCUAUACUUUUAUGGUUAGGGACAUGAUGUCACCAUCAGUUACUUUAGCCCUUUGAACUCAGUACAUGUAAGCAUAUUUCAUUUGUAGAAUCAUCAUUGGCAUAUCUCAGUUUUUCAGUUGCUUAUGUUUUCGUACGCUUGGCUUAUGAGUGUAAUUUGUGUUGUUUCAACGGAGUUUUCCUGUUAAACUUCAUCAAUAUUUCCCAGUGCGUAUAUCAAUCACUCUCCUCAAUAUUUCUAUGAUGUGCACAAUCAUUAAUUUUUUAACAGUCACACUGUAAUUGUCCUGGAC